UGUGUGUGCACGCGUAGGCGGGGGGGCUGCCGCAUGGAUUCGGCGAAGGCUGGGAGGGAACACAUGGGUUGGGGUUUUUCUCUUGGCCCGCGGUGGGUGUCCGUCCGUGCUGCCAGCCGCGGUCAUGGAUUCGAUUAUUAUUCAGGAGCGGUUAGUGGAGCGGCUGCUGUCUCCGCGGACUCAGGCACAGCGAAGCCACCCGGGCAAGCUGAAGGACCAUGAGAAGCAGUACGUGGGCUUUGCCACUCUGCCGAACCAGGUGCACCGGAAAUCCGUGAAGAAGGGUUUUGACUUCACCCUGAUGGUUGCAGGAGAGUCGGGUCUGGGCAAAUCCACGCUGGUGAAUAGCCUGUUCCUGACAGACCUCUACAAAGACAGAAAGCUCCUCAAUGCAGAGGAGAGGAUCAGCCAGACAGUGGAGAUCAUCAAGCACACAGUGGACAUUGAGGAGAAGGGUGUCAAACUGAAGCUGACUAUAGUGGACACACCAGGCUUUGGAGAUGCUGUUAACAACACUGAGUGCUGGAAGCCCAUCACUGACUACAUUGACCAGCAGUUUGAGCAGUAUUUCCGUGAUGAGAGUGGCCUGAACCGGAAGAACAUACAGGACAACCGAGUGCAUUGCUGCCUCUACUUCAUCUCUCCCUUUGGGCAUGGGCUGAGGCCUGUGGAUGUUGAGUUCAUGAAGGCUCUGCAUGAGAAGGUCAACAUUGUGCCCCUGAUUGCCAAAGCCGACUGCCUGAUCCCCUCUGAGAUCCGGAAGCUAAAAGAGAGGAUCCGAGAAGAGAUUGACAAAUUUGGCAUUAAAGUGUACCAGUUUCCUGAGUGUGAUUCUGAUGAAGAUGAGGAGUUCAAGCAGCAGGACAGAGAAUUGAAGGAGAGCGCUCCCUUCGCCGUCAUCGGCAGCAACACUGUGGUGGAGGCCAAAGGCCAGCGGGUCCGUGGGCGGCUCUACCCCUGGGGCAUUGUGGAAGUGGAAAACCAGGCCCACUGUGACUUUGUGAAGCUGCGGAACAUGCUGAUCCGGACACACAUGCACGACCUGAAGGACGUCACUUGCGAUGUCCACUACGAGAACUAUCGAGCUCAGUGCAUCCAGCAAAUGACCAGCAAGCUGACUCAGGACAACAGGAUAGAAAGCCCCAUUCCUAUCCUACCUCUCCCAACACCAGACACUGAGACAGAGAAGCUGAUUAAGAUGAAGGAUGAGGAGUUGCGGCGGAUGCAAGAGAUGCUGCAGAAGAUGCAGCAGCAGAUGCAGGAUCAGUGAGAGGCAGGUACCCGGAGGGCAGAGAGGAUCCCCCAGUGACCAUCUGAGACCUGGCAAGAGCUGUGAACGUUUAGAAAAGGUUUCCUGUUUUAUAGAGACUUGUGGGCAAGAGCUGCACCUGCACCCUCUAAUUUAUUAGCAGCAGUGCUGGCUUUUCAACCAGCUGGAUUGUGGAGGAGGUUCUUCAUUUAACAGUUUACUGAUGUGUAUU